AUGGCCCAUCAAGGGAGGCCUGGUACUUCUGCAUCACCACCAACAAACCCUCCUCGUCGGGUGCGGACAAUGCAGACAAUAUCAGCGAAUCCAGUUCGUGAUCUUUGGGCAGCAAGGAAUAGGCUCACGGAAGAGUUGUUGGCAAGGGACUUGCAAAAUGAAUCUCAAGAAAGCACUGAUAAUUCAGAGAGUAGUGACGAGGAAAUGGGAGGGCUUACAGAGCAGGAAAUCCUCAGGCACAUCCAACAAAAGACUUACCAGUCCUGCCCUAAUGAAACAAGCACCCAUAACCAAACCUGUACCAUAUGCCAGGAAGACUAUGUGGAGGGGGAGAAGAUUGGUAGACUUGAUUGUAUGGAUAUAUUUCAUCUUGACUGCAUCAAACAAUGGUUGGAGCUGAGGAAUGUUUGUCCAAUCUGUAAGGAGACAGCUCUGGAAAUUGAUGAAGAUGAGGAUGCAUAA